AUGAUGGUCGCCUGUCUGCUCCUCUCCAGCAUCUGGACCGUGGCAUCAGGCUCUGUGCAGGUGAUGCACAGAAAGGUCCAGUCAAUCCAGGCAGGAGGAAACGUUACUUUUUCGUGCCGGUCAGUCACAAAAGAAGAUGUCCUACAGGUGACCUGGCAGAAGGAGGUGGACGGGGUUGAAGACAACAUAGCGACUUACAGUACAAUGAAUGGCCAAAAGAUUGCGAAGGGCUACGUUGGCCAUGUGAGCUUUGCCCACAGUGAGUUACAAGCUUCGGCUAUCUCCCUUCAUAGAGUCACCCUCCAAGAUGAAGGAUGCUACAAGUGCAUCUUUAACACGUUCCCCUCGGGGGCUGUCACCGGCAGGAUGUGUCUCAAAGUUUACGCCAUCUCGAACCCCAAAGUGGAGGCUAAGCUUAUACCCAGUCCAGACAAAACUGAGGACUCUGAGAACGUGGUGGGGAUGAGCUGCUCGGCAACAGGGAAGCCUGCUCCAAAAAUCACCUGGCGCCUUCCCAGCAUCCUGCAGCAGAAACCAAGGGAGUACCACAUCAGGCUCGGCAACCAGACCGUGACUGUCAUCAGCAAUUUCACCCACGCCCAGCCCAAAAUCCUUCAGGAGUACCCCAUUGCCUGCAUGAUCCAACAUCCCUCUCUAAACGUGACCCUGGUCCUGCCCACUGACAGCCUGGCACAGGGUCUGGACAGCAGCGUGGCACCGGCCAUUGCCAUUGCUGUGGGGGUGCUGGUCCCCCUAACUUCCCUCCUCCUUCUCACCUGCCUCCUCCGCCACUGCCUCAGGCACCUACGUGACCCAGAGAGAAACUCAGCCCAGCUGUGCUGGAUGGACCACUUGAUGGAUAAGGAAUUGGCUGCAUGGCGGUGCUCAGAGAAUGGUGGUCAACACCUCAAUGUCCAAGUGGUGACCAGUGGCGUUCCUCCAGGUCUCAGGUUUGUGACUUUGUAUCGUUCAGCUGUGGAACUGGCAGACAUGGAUUUGGAGGCCAACUUGGAAAAAAUGAAGCCAGAAGCCACCAUGAAACAGCAUCAGUCAUUGCUAGUGGGACAGAUGUUUCUCCUGAAAGGUUUGAAGGAAGCCGUGAAAUCUGAUAGAGUUAUUGCAGCAGCCCUUGGUGGAGAGGCCAAUUUCUAUUGCAACUUUUCGCUUCCAAUGGAUGUUUUGCAAAUCACCUGGCAGAAGAAAAAUGGGUCUUCCUUCCAGAACAUCGCCACCUACAGCCCAAACCAUGGGCUGAGGCUGAUAGGGUCCUUUCAGAAGAAGGUGCGUUUCACUAGAGCAACCCUGAAAGCCUCAGCUAUCACACUCCAAAACCUCACAUUUGAGGAUGAGUCCUAUUACAGAUGCAUUUUCAACGUGUUCCCUCACGGCUCUUUCAGCAAAGAUAUAUGCCUCAACAUCCAAACAAUUUCUGAGCUAACAGUGGAAUAUGAUUCCCACCUGCCCACCGAGGGUCUCCUCACUGCAGUCUGCUCAGCAACAGGAAAGCCUGCCCCCAAAAUCACCUGGCUGAAUGACAGAGAACUGGAUGAAUCCCCUGAAAUACACCGCGUCCAAAAUGCAAAUGGGACAGUAACGGUGGCAAACAAACUUACUUUCUCUGCCGACCACCCCCGUACUCAGAAAAGUGUAAUCGUCAUGGCAGUCGUUCUAGCAGUGGUGUUCUCAACAGUCCUAAUACAUUGCAUCAUGAGACUGAUCAGCAGAAAAAGGGAAAAACUGAAGAGAUGUAGUGCAGCCAGAAUGCCUGCAGAUGAAGAAGGCUUACACCAAGACCUGAGCAAGGAAGCUGAGAGCCUGGACACGAUGGAGCACCAGAACGUUGUUUGUCAGAACGAGCUGGGCUGGGACCAUGGGCCAGUGGGCACAACCGAGGAGACCCAAGUGAGAGAAAUCACGUGCCAGCCAGCAGCAUGGAGCAGGACCAGAGCCCGUGUGUUUCUGGUGCAGCACCUGGAGCGAGUGUCAGCAUGGAUCGAGCUGGGCAAGCCGUCUUUUGGUGUCCAGCAACCCUAUCCCAGGUAUCAAAAGAUUACAAGCACUGUAUCCAAAGGUGUUCAGGAACAAUAUGACAAAAUGACUUUGAGUGUUGUGCUGCGGCGGACACUGACUGUGGUCACUGGAAAAGAAGGACAUGAAAAUUGUCGAGAGAGAUGUGCAGGCUCAGUGCUGUACGACAGUGACCAGUGGUACUCCAGCUGA